AUGGGAGGGAAUCAAACUGAGGAAGACAUUCCUCAGGAGCGAAAUCAGUUGUGUAAGCUGUCAGAGGAGAGUUUGACACGGCAACCAGAAGAGGUGUUCGAUGUAUUGUGCAAAUUGGGGGAGGGCUCAUAUGGAAGUGUUUUCAAGGCUCUCCAUAAGGAGAGUGGUCAAGUCUUGGCAAUCAAGCAAGUACCAGUGGAUACUGAUCUCCAGGAGAUCAUCAAAGAGAUAUCUAUCAUGCAGCAGUGUGAUUCUCCCUACAUAGUGAAAUACUAUGGGAGUUACUUCAAGAAUUCAGAUCUGUGGAUUGUGAUGGAAUAUUGUGGUGCAGGAUCAGUCUCAGAUAUCAUGCGACUGCGGAAAAAAACUCUUUCUGAAGAUGAAAUAGCAACAGUCCUUUCAGAUGUGCUCAAAGGCCUAGAGUAUCUACACCUACGCCGGAAGAUACAUCGUGACAUCAAGGCAGGCAACAUCCUUCUGAAUUCAGAAGGCCAUGCAAAACUGGCAGAUUUUGGAGUUGCUGGUCAGCUCACAGAUACCAUGGCUAAGCGGAACACUGUCAUUGGUACACCAUUCUGGAUGGCUCCUGAAGUCAUUGAAGAGAUGGGUUACAAUUGCGUAGCUGAUAUUUGGAGCCUGGGCAUUACAGCACUUGAGAUGGCUGAGGGAAAGCCACCAUAUGGAGACAUCCACCCAAUGAGAGCCAUCUUCAUGAUCCCUACAAAACCACCACCAUCUUUCAGGCAACCUGACCAAUGGUCGCCUGAAUUCAUUGAUUUUGUCACUGGGUGCUUGGUGAAGAACCCAGAGCAACGGGCGACAGCAACAAGUCUUCUAAGUCAUGAUUUCAUUCGCAGUGCCAAACCCUGCUCGAUCCUCAGUCAGAUGAUCAUGGAAGCGCAAGAAAAGCGUAAAACACAACAACAAGGUAUAUCACGCCCUGAUCUUCAAGUACCUGAAGCCUCUCCUCAGGCAGAUGAAGAUGAGGUUGACAGUGAUACUAUGGUGCGAGGCAGAGAUGAUGGCACUUUGGUCCCCUCUGCUGGAGACACCAAAUCUUCAUUAAAAGGGGAAUUUGAAAGUGCCAUGCAUACUAUGGUGAUAAACACAGAUGACGAAGAUGAGGAAUCCACCAUGAAACGAUAUCCAACUGAUGAUGGAAACUCCAAGUAUUGUCCACCAUUUUUAGAUCGGGUUGGGAAGUCAGAUCUCGAGGUCAGGUCAGCUGAAGAAUUUGCCAAAAAGCAAAACGUUUCACAUGAUGUAAGCCAAACAAAGAAUGUAACCCAAGAUGUACCAGCACCCACAAAGAAACCACCUGGAAACCAAGAAGCACAGCAGCCAAGCCAAAAGGUGGAACCAGCUGUCCCUCCAGCUUCCAAACCAAAUUUAUCAGUCCAGGCUCCCCCUCCAUCUCCCCAAAUUGCCAUGAUAAAUCAUAAUCUCAUUGCCAAUCUGAAACACAUCUACAAUCUGCCUCCCCUGGACAACCCCCCCAUAAGAUUCCAAAGGCCAUUCUCUGAUGGGGAAUUUGAGUUUCUCAAAUUCCUGAACCUGGAUGAUCUGGAAACCAGACUAAGCAAAUUGGACCACGAGAUGGAGCAGGAGAUCGACGAGUUGCGUCGCAGAUACCAGGCGAAGAGGCAACCCAUUCUUGAUGCCAUGGAUCAGAAGAGAAAGCGGCAGCAGAACUUCUGA